AUGGCAAGAAAACCAAGCAUGGGUAAACAAAAGAUCGAAAUCAAAAGAAUUAGGAAUGAAAACACAAGACAGGUUACCGUCUCAAAACGUAAAGGAGGUAUCUUCAAGAAGGCUCAUGAACUUGGUACCCUUUGCGGUGCUCAUGUAGCCGUAAUUAUAGAUUCACCUGCCGGGCAACCUUAUUCAUACAUCAACAGUGAAACUGUUAUGGAUCGUUACCUCUCGGGAGAUACUCGGACUCCAACUCCACCUGUCAUGCCUCAUCGUGAAGCCAGAAUUCUUGAACUAAACAAAGAAUAUAGCGAGGCACUUUGA